AUGAUGCGUGAGGAACUAUCAACCACUUCCGCCGAUGAUGAGUUGGCGACCACAUCUACGAGGUUAGUUGGCUAAAAGAUGUAUGUAUGCAAAGUUCAUUUUCAGUCAAAUAAACGGGGAACAGCAGCCAAAGAAGGGUAUUUUGAAGCGACCCUCUAUUGUUAACGAUGAAAAAAGAGACAAACUCUUUCCACUUCCCGGAUUCCGGCCGUCCCCUGACCGAUUUCCCGAGAAAGGAACAACUCGAAUACCCAAACUGCAAGUGACUUGGUGGGAAAAGAAUGCAGGUACACUUUCAUUGUUCAUGCAUUUGGAAAUAGUGUCGAACAUUUUAGUUGCAUUUAUUGGUGAAACAAGUGACGAGAACAACACAGAUUCGGAGCACCUUAUGCGAGAUUUAGGGAAUGGGAGGAGAGAUGCAGAGAAGCCGACAACAAAAGCUUUGCAAAUUAGGUAGAAUUGAAUAUGAUUAGCCCAAUUUCAUUGGAAAGUUUACAGGCAAACCGCAAUUUUGGAUUCUGAAGAUUCUGAUCUGAACGAAAGUGAUAUUCUUGCGCAGUUUCAGCUAACAGACAUGGACGACGCGAUGAGUGUGACAAGUUCCACGUGUAGUUCCGCGUCGGCAAUCGUCGGACGAUGGUGGAAUGGCAAAGACACCCGAUACGUGCCGCAUUGCCAGAAAAAAGGGUGCAAUCACGCGCACCACGAUCUUCAGGGAGAGUAUAUCACGCCCACGCAGAGACGAAACAAAGAGCUAGCGCAGUUGAAGAAGGUGACAACUUCUAUUUAUCUUGAUGGCUGAGCCACAAGUUGCCAUUUUCAGGAGUUGCGGCAAGCGCUGUCGGAGAGAGAUGAGAAGGACAAACAUCUAUCAGAUUUGAGAGACAAAGUCAAGGAGGUGAGAAUAUUGAGCUUCAUUGCGAAUUCUUUUUAUUGUUACUGCAGAUUGAAAUUUUCAACGAGACGCAAAAUACGCUAGUGGAAGGUCAGAAAAUGAUGAGAAAAGAGCAGAUGGAGAAGGAGGCGUUAGAGAAAGAAAAGAAAAUAAUGGAGAAGAAGCAUGCGGUUCGAGUGAACCAGCUCAUUCAGGAAACAAUGACUGCCAGGUAACUAAAUCUUCUAUUGUAGUAUAAUAAAAACUCACUAUUUUCAGAGAAGAAGCGGUGAAAUUGACUUCAAGGGUUGCGUUUUUGGAAGAACUCCUGAAUGCCCCAAGAAAUGAUAGUGAGACCCAGACAGAUGAGCUCGAGAGAGAGUUUUACCUCCGAUGCAACCCUCCAGAUCCAUCAGACCCUAAUCAAACGGGUACAUUAGGUUGGUUAGCCGGUCAGAUCACACCAUUUUCAUGAGAUAAUGUUCAGUUUCCCAAACAAUACAAGCGGAUCCAUCGACUCCUUUGUCAAUCAUCGCCGUUCAGCAGGACCUUCGCAGUCCCAGUCCAAUGAUGAUUCCUUUGGUGACCGGAGACAACAAGAAUCAGACUUUGUAUUGCAGCCAAGAUGCACUCAAUCACAUACAGGUAACUUUUAGGCUAUGUGGAAUAUAAAAGUUUCAUGUUGAUGUAGGCUUGUCAAAACGAGGCGUUCAUCUGGAGAAACAAGGCGGCGCAAUUGGAAAUUGUUGCAAAAGAUCAACUUCUCAAGAUCCAACAGCUUGAAGAUUGUCUGCAGAAAGCGCUGGAACCUUCUCCAGAAGUACGUUCUGGCUACAUUCCCGCAUUCAAUGAUCAAAAUUGUUCAGAGUCACAUCACAGUCAUGCCGAACGCUCUUAUCGUGGAGGAUGUGUCAAACACCAUCAGAGAAGCGGAUCCGCACAACGUUAGCUUCCUCAAAUCUCAAAUUCUUAUUUUUGUCAUUCAGGAGCCUAUCGUUAUCACUGAUUGCAACUUCGAAGCGUGCCUGGAGACUAAAAACUUGAUGAAAAAUGAGAUUGAAAGUCUGCGUCAGACGUUCUCAGAGGCAAAAUUCCGAAUUCGUGAGCUUGAGGAUGAUGCGAACGUUUUCCGAAGAGAUCUUGAGAAAGCAGAUGAGGAGAGGUUCAAACUGGAAGCCGCUUUGAAGAUGAUCAAUGAUGACGUGGAAUCCAAAUCAGCGGAGAUUGUAGCAUCGCUGAACACGGCCAAUCGCCUUCAGGUACUUACUAAACGUUUUCGAACGUUUGCGCAAAACUCUAUGUUUCAGCAUGAGAAGGAUCAAAUGCACCGUGCAAUCGACUACAUGGAAGAGAGAAUGCAGGUGUAUCGUAACACGAUUCAAGACCACAACUUGGUUGUCACCGAUGAAAACGACGCGGACUGGAGGAAAACUGUAUCGGAUCCACGGUCACUUUUUGUUUCAAAUUUUAGACUCAAUGAAUGUAUUUCUGUCUACAGGUACAUGGUGAUGCACUCCAAGUUAGUCCAAACAACAUUAACUUCACAACAACUUUCCGAGCAUGAAUCGGACUUUUUGAGCACUCAGCAAACACUUCAGGUAAGAAAUCUUGCACUUUAUUCACUACAUACAUUCGAUGUUUUUUACAGGAUCUUCAAAAGGAAUACAGUGCGAAGAACACUUCACUUGUUGACAAGUUUAAAGAGGUCGAGGAGAUUCUUCUCGCAAAAACCGAGCUUGUUGAUGCGCUGACAAAGCAACUCGAAGACAUUAGGAAGGAACAAACGAAAGAACUGUCAUUGAAUCAAUCCGAAAGAGAUCAGUACAAGAAAUCGCUCGAGGAAAUGACGCUGAUCGCUGAGAAAGUACCGAUUCUCGAAGCAGAAGUCAUGCAGCUGUCAAAGGACAAAAACGAAAUUGCGGCUCGUUUGAAACAAGAUCAAGAGUACUUUGAGGAUGAACUCGCCAAACUGCUCAAUGACUCGAUGAACAUCAAAAAGGAGCGAGACGAUUAUUUGAAGGAGCACAUAAGAGCAAAUGAGGCAAUGAUUGAAAGGCUCAAGUUGGAGAUUACCGGUUUGAGGAAGGAAUUGGAAGAUCAGAAGAUUCAAGCACACCUUCAAAAGGCCGACUUGGAAAAGAGACUUUUGAGCAGCAUUGAUCAUGUAGAACAACUUCAGAGCAGGGUAAAUUAGACAACUGUCCGCUUUUGAAAACAUAGUAUUUAGGUAAAUCACUCACAGAGAGAUGUUGAAUGUCAGGCAAUACCCCGGCAAAUCAACAAGUACGUCGGGUGCAAACCGAAUGUGAAAAACAAAGAAACGAUGAUUGAAAAGGUACUUGCUUUAGGACUGCUUUAGGAUUCAGUGAAUCCAUAAUAUUAUUCAGGGUGCUCUCUUUGACGAAAAUGAAGAACGGUUGAGAAUUUGCAAAGCGGAACUUGAGACAACACGCCGACAAGUGACCGUACUCCAACAGAAACUUGUCACUGUUAUCCAGCAACAAAGUUCACUGAAGAUCAAAAAGAGAAUAGCAGUUGUGGAGGAUACAAACAAAAACACACUGCCUCCUGAUGAUUUAGAGACUAAACUGAGAGAGGUCGAAUUGAAAAACGCGGAACUUAUGGAGAGGGUAUUCACUAUCACUUCAUACUUCAUACUACAAAAUGAUCAUUUCCGAUUCAGAUUAACUCAUUGGAGGCGGAAAAAUUCGUGACAAGUUCAAUGGAAAAGAGCAGGAUUCAGAAGUUGGUCAGCGAGUUUGACAAUCUCAAACAGAAACUCGAUCAAGACAUGAGCAACUACAGCAAGGAAAAACAAUGGCUUCAAUGGAGAAUCGAGAACUUGGAAAGAGACAACUCGGAGCUGCAGAAGGCCGUGCAGCCGAGCAUGGAAAAGUCACAAGAGCCACUGGAGAAGGUGACUCUGAGAAAAGCGAUGUCGGAACCAGAUUUCGGAGAUGAUAUGAGCACUGAAGGGGAUGGAGGAUCGACAAAUGAGAGCGCCGAGUAAGAAAAUACCUUUUGGAACAAUUUGAAACAAUAGCUUUUGUGUUCCAGCUUUAUGGUCGAAAGCGCCACAGCUCCAGAAAUACGUUUGCAAUCCGAGCAAGCGUUUUCUCAACUCGCCGAUGUUCUCAAUCUAGUCCGUUCUGAUCUUGAACAAGUGCUAACUGAGAUCGAGGAGCCUGAAGCUGCAAAAACAGACAUUGAUCUCUCACAUUUGUCACUUGAGAAAUCGACGGUAAGUUCAGUUCGACUGUGCUCCCUUUUUCACAUUUCCUUUUUCACAUUUCCCUACCUACAGACAAGCGGUAGAGAUUUCAGAAUUGAACUAUACAGAAAUGACAAAUAUAAACUCAAAUCGAAAAUUAAACCUGCUAAAGUGAGUAAGAAUCAUAUCGGGAGGCAAGGUUUCGAAACAUUUGAAGUUGAAAAGUUUGAAAUAAUACGUCAUAGAUAGGGUUCAAAGCAUGGUCUCAACUCAAUCAUUAGUGUUAUCCAGUACCCUUUUUAACAACGUGCCGUGCAAUUUCAUAAAACUUUUGGAAGCCCUGAGUUCACUUUUUGGAGUUCGUAUCAGAAAACAAGUUUCAAGUCGAGAAAACUCAAGGUGAAAUCAUUUCAGAGUAUUCUGAACGAUGUGCUAAGUGAAUGGGCGGAAGAUGAACGGAAGACGUUGGAAAGGCAAUUAAAACGAUCUCAAGAGGAACGAUCUGUUUUGAAGGUAAGCGAACUGAAGAAAAAAAGAGACUAACUGUAAUAGAAAACCGCUUAGGAUAAGAACAAUCGUCUUUCAAAAGAUCUCCAAGUUGCUGUAGCUGAGCUGAAUGUGUACAGAUCCGAAAAACCGCAUAAAGAUGAUCAACCAAACGUCCUUGAACGAAGUUCCAGUUUUUCCACUUUCAAUCAACCAAAAGGAGAAAACGACACGCAAAAGUAAGCGAAGCGCUUGGAUAUAAUUGUUAGUAAUAUCAUUUGAUUACAGAUGGAAAGAAAAGUCUGGCACACUUUUCCGCGAAGUGAAUAGAAUUAGACAGAACUUGGCCGAGGCUCUCGAACAAAAUAAUGAACUUCGUUACCAAUUGGCUCUCGCACGCGGCGAAAGGGAAUUGUCAAGUUGCAUUGAAAAGUAUGUGAACCACUAUUACUAAAAUCACUGAACCUUUCAUUUCAGAGACCUGCAAUAUCCUAUUUCCCCGUCUCUAAGCUACCACACUGCUCACGAUGGCCGGAAAAAAGAUGACAUUGUGAUACACGAGCCGGAGGAGCCAUUCCAACUCGGGUCCUCCAAAGCUAGUCUGUCAUGCAGCAUCAUACUUCGAAGUAAUAGUUUGGACCGGAAGAGUCAGCCAAGAGAAAGAAGCCGUCAGAGAAGUCGGAGUGCAAAUCGGCGGCCGCCACUUUCAAGAGAAGAACUUUCAAAGAGAGAGAAAAGGAGAGAGAUGAGGGUGAGACUAAGAGCAAAAACAGAGCGAGUAGUAACUAGCAGUAUUUCAGCUUCCGAAGGGUGUCUCAAGAUCUUCAUCAGUCACAUCUCUCUACUUGACAUCCAAGGAGCAACAGUAAGAGCUAAUAAGAAGGAACCUUUGAAAAGUACGGAAAAUUUGCAGAAAACUGCCACUGAUGUCCGCGUCCUGGCAUGAGAAAGCAUUGGAAAACGACUUGCCAGAUGGCGACACGGAUUACGACCGGCGAAACAUCCGGGUACGCGGAACAUGUGUACUGCCAGAAUGCAUGUUUUAUGUCUUCCAGGUGAUUUCACUACGCGAAAAAGUUGGGAAGCUCUCCAGAGACAACAAGGAUUUACAAGCCAAGCUCACAUAUUUCACAGCUGCUCAGCCAGACUGUUCGAGGAUGUUGGAGCUGGAACAAGAGGCCGAGGAGCUAAAAAUGACUGUGAGAGAACUUUUGCAAAGAGUGUCACAGGUGAUCUGAAAACUUAGACGGACAGUAAAAACAGUUUUUCAUUCAGACUACUCCAAGUUUUGACCGUCAAAUAAAACUGCUUCAAGACGAACUUGACAUUCGAAGAAAAGAAAGUGCAAUGUACGAGAAAAAGAUAAAUGAAAUCGAAGAAGAAAGGUUUGAAACUAACUGCUAAUAACAUAAGUAAAGUCGAUUUAGAAAAGAAAUGUACCUGGUAAUGUUCAAAAAAGGUCAACAAGCGGCGAACAUGGAAAUCACCGAGGACAAAAUGAUGGACGCGAUGACGGAGGAUAGAAUCACUCUCAAAUUCCUUCACGACGCAUUCUAUUACUAUCUUCUCAAUCGGGGCGAUUCUCAAGAACAUCUAUCGGUAUUAAUUUGUCUCGAAAUGUAUUAUUCCGAACAAUUGUUUGUUUGCAGGUCAUCAUGACAAUUCUCGGUUUCACUUCAACUCAAAAAACAGAAAUAGCCAAUCGGAAACGAGGCCGAUCCAACUGA